UGCUGCCUCCGUUCCUGCUGCUGCUACUGCCAGUGCUGCCGCCGCCGCUGCUUCUCACUGUGUCCGUUGGAUACCAGCGUGGAGAGGAGAGUGUUGUAUGUGUGAAGGCAGUGCAGUGUUGGCACCUGGGCCUCUGGAUCGUCAAGGCCGCUGGAUGUGGACGUGUCCAUGGAUGUGAAGGAUAUCUGUGAGAGCGAGGCCCUGCGCGAGAGCACCAGCGUGGUGGGCAUGGGCUCCCUGGGGCCCCUGGGCCAGUCCUCCGCCUCCGGCUCCUCGGGCCCGUCCUCCUGGUCUGCCUUCGCCCAGCGCAGCACCCUGCACGGCCUGCGCCACAUCUUCCCCUACUACGCCGGGGCCCCGUCCUCCCCCCACUCCCCGGCCUCGCUCUCCGCUCGCCGCGCCGUCCGCAGCCGCUUCUCCGUGGCCCGCCGGCUGCUCUGGACCGCCGCCCUGCUGGCCGGCGUCUUCGUGCUGGUGCUGGAGAGCGGCGAGCGGCUGGCCUACUUCCUGUCCUACCCGCACGUGACCUCGGUGGACGCGGUGGUGUCCGGCAGCCUGGUGUUCCCCGCCGUCACCGUCUGCAACCUCAACGCCUACCGCUUCAGCCGGCUCACCCGCAACGACCUGUACCACGCCGGCGAGCUGCUGGAGCUGCUGGACGUGCACCUGCAGAUCCCCGAGUCGCACCUGGCCGAGCCCCACGUGCUGGCCUUCCUGACGGAGCGCGCCAACUUCUCGGUGGGCUACAAGCCCAAGGCCUUCAGCAUGCGGGAGUUCACGGAGCGCGUGGGCCACGACCUGCAGGAGAUGAUGCUGUACUGCCGCUUCCAGGGACAGGAGUGCAGCCACCGCGACUUCCAAACCGUCUUUACCCGCUAUGGGAAGUGCUACAUGUUCAAUGGGCCAGAGGAGGGGAAGGACCUGCGGACGACCAUGAAGGGUGGCACGGGGAACGGCCUGGAGAUCAUGCUGGACAUCCAACAGGACGAGUACCUGCCCGUCUGGGGAGAGACAGAGGAGACGGCGUUUGAGGCGGGCAUCAGGGUGCAGAUCCACAGUCAGGCGGAACCUCCGUUUGUGCAUGAGCUGGGCUUCGGAGUGGCACCCGGGUUCCAGACAUUUGUUGCCACGCAGGAGCAGAGGCUGACGUACCUGCCUCCUCCGUGGGGCGAGUGUGUGGCCCAGGCCCAGGACGGGGGCUUCUUCCCUAUCUACAGCGUGACGGCCUGCCGCAUCGAGUGUGAGACCCGCUACAUCGUGGAGAACUGUAACUGCAGGAUGGUGCAUAUGCCUGGGGAUUCACCUUACUGCACUCCUGAGCAGUACAAGGACUGCGCCGAGCCUGCUCUUGUGGCCUUGUCAGCAGAGGAGAGCAGCAGUUGCAUCUGUCGAACACCGUGCAACAUGACCCGCUACAACAAGGAGCUCUCCAUGGUCAAAAUCCCCAGCAAGACCUCCGCUCGCUACCUGGAGAAGAAGUUCAAUCGAUCAGAAAAAUACAUCACGGACAACAUCCUGGUACUGGACGUCUUCUUUGAGGCUCUUAAUUAUGAGACCAUCGAGCAGAAGAAAGCCUACGAGGUGGCCGGCUUACUGGGGGACAUUGGUGGCCAGAUGGGGCUGUUCAUUGGUGCAAGUAUACUCACCAUCCUAGAGCUCUUUGACUAUGCUUACGAGGUGGUGAAGGAGAAACUGCUGGAUCUGCUCAGUAGAGAAGAGGAGGAGGAGAGUCACGGGGAGGAUGUGAGCACGUGUGACCCAGUGGUGAACCACUCGGAGACCAUCAGCCACACAGUGAGUGUCCCUCUUCAGACCACUCUGGGUACCCUGGAGGAGAUCGCCUGCUGA